UAAAAAAAGAUUAAAAAGUAUUAAAGGUUGUUCCACACCUGUUUGUGCACGUGUGGUAAUAAGAGUUAAUGAUUUCUUAUCAAAUGUUUAUUAUAAAAAUUCAGCGAAAGUGUGGGAAAAUGGAAGCCGGAUCACAUUUGUGGGUCAUUGCUCGUAGUUUAAUGUUUACUGUACUGAAAAGAGUUCAGUAAACAAUACUGAGAUACGAACAUGUUGUUUAUAAUUUUUAUAAUUAUAUUUUUAUGCACAAUUAUUAAAAUUUACUUAACACUAACGAUUGUCCGGUGUAAAAGUCAGACGUGUUUAGUUGGAAAAACAGCUCUUAUAACCGGAGCAAAUACAGGCAUCGGUUACGAGAUAGCAUUGGAUUUUGCAAAAAGAGGAGCUCGAGUGAUUUUAGCUUGCCGAAAUGAACAAAAGGCAAGAGAGGCAUGCAGGAAAAUAAUUAAUGAAACUGGAAAUGAAAAUGUAGUUGUGAAAUUAAUCGAUUUGAGUUCUUUCGCUUCAGUUAGAGCCUUUGUUGAAGAUGUAAAAAGAUCUGAAGAGCGUUUAAACAUUCUGGUAAAUAAUGCAGCGAUCCUUGAAGUUGGUCUAAAUUCCUUAACUAACGAUGGUAAUCUGUUAGUUAUGCAAGUCAAUUAUUUCUCACCUUUUCUGUUAACUGUUCUUCUAACAGAUCUAAUGAGGAAAAGUAAACCAAGUCGCAUAAUUAAUCUAACAUCGGUAAUGGCAAGAGUUGCUCACGGUUUUAAUGUCGAUAAAAUUAAUAACGUUGAAGGAACUUUGAACGAUUAUGGUAUCACGAAACUUUGUAUGAUAUUGUUUACACUGGAGUUAGCCAAAAGACUAGAUAAAAGUGGAGUCACUGCUUAUUCUGCAGAUCCGGGGUUAGUGGAUACAGAAAUUUUUAAACAAACACCAAGAUUCAUAAAUUUGCUGGCCCAGUCGUUCAAGCGUUUCUUUUUUAAGAAUUUUUAACAGACACCAGAGGAGGGAGCACAAACCCCAAUCCAUUGCUCUGUGACAAAAGGAAUCGAAGAAUGUAAUGGUGAAAACUUUAUAGAUUGCCAAAGGGUUAAAAGAUAUGCAAUUGUAGAAAACCAAGAAAUGACAAAAUUUUGGAACAUUACGGAAAUGAUUGUCUCAUUAAAGCCUGAUGAAAUAUGUUAAGUUCAUUUUUAUCAGUAAAUAUUUAAUUUAU